GUCAUUGCUUUAGUGAUGGAUAUAUUUACAGAUGUGGACAUUUUCAAAGAAAUAGUGGAGGCAUUAACUCGAGGGAUAUCUGUAUACAUUCUGCUGGAUGAGUCCAACUUUAAUCAUUUCCUAAAUAUGACUGAAAAACAGGGCUGUCAAGUUCAACGACUCAGGAAUAUUCGAGUGCGGACAGUAAGAGGCCAAGAUUAUCUUUCCAAAACGGGAGCAAAAUUUCAUGGAAAAUUGGAACAGAAAUUUUUGUUAAUUGACUGCCAGAAAGUUAUGUAUGGUUCCUACAGCUACAUGUGGUCAUUUGAAAAAGCUCACCUCAGCAUGGUUCAGAUAAUCACAGGACAACUUGUUGAGUCCUUUGAUGAAGAAUUUAGAACUCUCUAUGCCCGAUCCUGUAUCCCCAGUUCAUUUGCUCAGGAAGAAUCAGCAAGGGUGAAGCCUGGCAAAGCACUCUGGGAGAAUGGCACCUACCAGCGGUCACUUUCUUCAUUAGCUUCCGUUUCCAGCCAAAGAAACCUUUUUGGCAGACAAGACAAAAUUCAUAAACUAGAAUCUGGUUACUUCAAAAACAGAGGGAUAUAUACUCUAAAUGAACAUGACAAAUACAGCAUAAGAAAUCCUGGAUACAAGCCUCAUUUUAUUCCAAACUUUAAUGGUCCAAAUACAGUCCGUCAGUAUCAAUCCAGUCAGAUAAAUGAAAAUUGGAAGAGGCAUAGUUAUGCUGGGGAACAGCCAGAAACAGCACCAUACCUGCUGCUUAACAGGGCUCUAAAUCGAAACAUUAAUCCUCCAGGUAAUUGGAAAAAGCCUUCAGAUAGUCUCAGUGUGGCAUCCUCAUUGCGAGGAGGCUAUGUGAGCCACCAAAACACACCUGCCCAGAGUUUUGCUGAUCGGCUUGCCCAGAGAAAAACAACAAAUCUUGCAGAGAGGAACUCAAAUGUGCGGAGGUCUUUUAACGGAACAGAUAAUCAUAUUCGCUUUUUGCAACAAAGAAUGCCAACCCUUGAACAUACCACAAAGUCAUUCUUGCGUAACUGGAGAAUUGAAUCCUACUUAAAUGAUCAUUCAGAAGCUGCACCUGACUCAAAUGGGUCGGCUCUAGGUGACCGGUUUGAGGGCUAUGAUAGUUCUGAAAAUUUGAAAGCCAAUGCCCAUUAUACUCAUUCUCGGUUUCGUUCCUCUUUUGUGUUUAAACCAACUUUACCGGAACAACAGGAAGUUAACAGUUGUACGACUGGCUCCUCAAAUUCAACUGUCAUUGGUUCCCAGGGAAGUGACACACCUAAGGAGGUCCCAGACACCCCUACGAGUGGACAGAACGUGACAGACAAACCCGUGCCAGAAUCAAGCCCCAAGCUCCCGUUGCAGUCAGAGGCACCAAAAAUGCACACCUUGCAGGUUCCUGAAAACCACUCCACAGUCUUAAAUGAAACCACAAAUGGCCAUACAGAGGCAAACAACUAUUUAUAUACAUCCUUGUGUGUAAAUAAGCAGACAGAAAAUCUAAAGAAUCAACAAAAUGAGAAUCUGCUCAAAAGGCGCAGUUUCCCAUUCUUUGACCACUCAAAAGCUAACCUAGAUCACGGACAUAGUAAGCAUUAUGUAUAUAGUACGCUUACCAGGAAUCGAGUUAGACAGCCAGAAAAACCCAAAGAGGACUUGCUGAAAAAUUCUAAAAGCAUGCACAACGUGACCCAGAGCAUAGAAGAGGACAGGGAGGUCCUAAAGAGACAGCCUCCAAGUGGCACCACGACCAAGUCAAUUUCCGUUGCUGCUUUGCUUGAUAUGAAUAAAGAUGAACCUGGCAAAGAACUCACUUCAAAGAAGGAAGUUAAAGGCUCUCCAAGUUUUUUGAAAAAGGGAUCUCAGAAGUUAAGGUCAUUACUUAGCCUGACCCCAGAGAAGAAAGAAAAUCUAUCCAAAAAUAAAGCACCUGCCUUUUAUAGAAUGUGUAGUAGUUCUGACACUUUAGUUUCUGAGGCUGAAGAGAAUCAAAAACCAAAAAAAUCAGAACCAAAAAUUGAUUCAUCUCCUAGAAGAAAGCGUUCUUCAUCAUCAAACUCUCAAGGCAGUAUUCACAAGAGUAAGGAAGAUGUAACUGUUAGCUCAUCUCAGGGGAUAAAUUCUCCAUCUGAUGAAAGUAGCAAAAUAAUACCUGCUCCGGGUCCAGUUGAAAACAAGUUCUUGGAAAGAGCAGGAGAUGCUUCUGCCCCGAGAUUUAACACUGAACAGAUCCAAUACCGAGAUUCGAAGGAGAUUAAUACAGUUCUUGCUCCUGAAAGAAAACCAGCUGCUUCUCCACGGCCAAAGCCCAAUGAGCUUCUAAGAUCUCAUUCAACCGACAGGCGCAUUUACAGUCGUUUUGAGCCAUUUUAUAAGAUUGAAAGCUCUAUUCAGCCCGCAAGCAACAUACCAAAUACUGGUGUGCACCGCCCAGAAAUAAAAUCCACAACUGUGGGCAAUAGUUAUGGCAGGUCCAGCCCGAUGCUUAAUUACAACACUGGUGUUUACCACUCAUACCAGCCAAAUGAAAACAAGUUCCGAGGAUUUAUGCAGAAGUUUGGAAACUUUAUACAUAAAAAUAAAUGA